AAAAAAAAAAGGGAAGGAAGAAGUAGAAGAAGGAGGCAGCAGGAAUCAAGAAUAUUCCCUUCAACGUCAAAAUCUUUGCUCUGUAUUUUUUCUUGCUUGCCGUACCCGAAACCCAACAGAUAACUAAACCCCACAAUUUUCGCAGAAAGCAGGGAAGAGAGAGAGAGAGUAAUGACCGAAGCGCUGAAGCGAGACUACCGAAUCUGCGAGGAGAUCGGGCGCGGCCGCUUCGGCGUCGUCCGCCGCUGCGAGCCCCUCCGCGCCGCCGCCGCGCCCUCCUCCGCCUCCUCCCUCGCCGUCAAGUCCAUCGACAAGUCCGCCGUCUCCGGGGACGACCUCGACUCCCACUGCCUCCUCAUGGAGCCCAAGGUGCUGUCCCUCCUCUCCCCGCACCCGAACCUCCUCCGCCUCCACAAUGCCUACGAGGACCCCUCCCACCUCCACCUCGUCCUCGACCUCUGCGACUCCCCCGACCUCCACCGCGCCGUCGCCUCCGCCGGCUCCCUCCCGGAGCCCGAGGCCGCCCGGAUCCUCGCCCAGCUGAUGCGCGCCGUCGCCCACUGCCACCGCCACGGCGUCGUCCACCGGGACAUCAAGCCCGACAACGUACUCUUCGACUCCCGGGGGCGGCUGAGGCUCGCGGACUUUGGCUCCGCGGAGGUGAUCGGGGGAGAGUCGGGGGCGGGGUUGAGGGGGAUCGUGGGGACGCCGUACUACGUGGCGCCGGAGGUGGUGGAGGGGAGGGAGUACGGGGAGAAGGUGGACGUGUGGAGCGCCGGGGUGGUGCUGUACGUGAUGCUGGCGGGGUUCCCGCCGUUCUACGGCGAGAGCGCGGCGGAGAUCUUCGGGGCGGUGCUGAGGGCCAACCUGAGGUUCCCGCCGCGGGUCUUCCGGUCGGUGUCGGCCACGGCGAAGGAUCUGCUCAGGAAGAUGCUGUGCAGGGACGUUUCCAGGAGAUUCUCUGCCGAUCAAGUCCUGAGGCAUCCAUGGGUAACCAGCUUCGGAGGAGCAGAGGCGACCGAUCAACAAAUCUUAAACUGAGUGAAUGAACAGCUUUUCGUUCUCGUCUUUUGUCGCUGUUAGCAUUAGUAAGGGCAUGCGAGCUGCUGUGAAUAGUCUGUGAAGGAGUGGCUUGAUGCGAUUGUAAAUAUAGCCAUGAAGUAAGGAGGGAAAGUGACUGGGUGCUCUCAGGAAGGUUUUGUUGUGAUGUACAUGGAUGGAUUUUCCCGGAAGGAAGGAAGCCACUGUUCCCUCUUCCUUUCUUUGAGGGGGAUUGCGUUUGUAAAUUUCGCAGUAAAGAAGGCUCGUCUGGCUGAUA